AUGUUCUACGCACAUUUUGUCCUCAGUAAAAGAGGGCCUCUGGCCAAAAUUUGGCUAGCGGCCCAUUGGGAUAAGAAGCUAACCAAAGCCCAUGUAUUUGAAUGUAAUUUAGAGAGCAGUGUGGAGAGUAUCAUCUCACCCAAGGUGAAGAUGGCACUUCGAACAUCAGGACAUCUCUUACUGGGAGUAGUUCGAAUCUAUCACAGGAAAGCCAAAUAUCUUCUUGCAGACUGUAAUGAGGCAUUCAUUAAGAUAAAGAUGGCUUUUCGGCCAGGUGUUGUUGACCUGCCUGAAGAAAAUCGGGAAGCAGCUUAUAAUGCCAUUACCUUACCUGAAGAAUUUCAUGACUUUGAUCAACCACUUCCUGACUUAGAUGACAUCGAUGUGGCCCAGCAAUUCAGCCUAAACCAGAGUAGAGUGGAAGAGAUAACCAUGCGAGAAGAAGUUGGGAACAUCAGUAUCCUACAGGAAAAUGAUUUCGGAGACUUUGGAAUGGAUGAUCGUGAGAUAAUGAGAGAAGGCAGUGCUUUUGAGGAUGAUGACAUGUUAGUAAGCACUAGUGCUUCUAACCUCUUACUUGAGCCUGAGCAGAGCACCAGCAAUCUGAAUGAGAAAAUUAACCAUUUAGAAUAUGAAGACCAAUAUAAGGAUGACAAUUUUGGAGAAGGAAAUGAUGGUGGUAUAUUAGAUGACAAACUUAUUAGUAAUAAUGACGGUGGUAUCUUUGACGAUCCCCCUGCUCUCUCUGAGGCAGGGGUGAUGUUGCCAGAGCAGCCUGCACAUGAUGAUAUGGAUGAGGAUGACAACGUGUCAAUGGGUGGGCCUGAUAGUCCUGAUUCCGUGGAUCCUGUUGAACCAAUGCCAACUAUGACUGAUCAGACAACACUUGUUCCAAAUGAGGAAGAAGCAUUUGCUUUGGAACCUAUUGAUAUCACUGUCAAAGAAACAAAAGCCAAGAGGAAGAGGAAGCUAAUAGUUGACAGUGUCAAGGAGUUGGAUAGCAAGACCAUUAGAGCCCAGCUUAGUGAUUAUUCUGAUAUUGUUACUACUUUGGAUCUGGCACCACCCACCAAGAAAUUGAUGAUGUGGAAAGAGACAGGAGGAGUGGAAAAACUUUUCUCUUUACCUGCUCAGCCUUUGUGGAAUAAUAGACUACUGAAGCUCUUUACACGCUGUCUUACACCGCUUGUACCAGAAGACCUCAGAAAAAGGAGGAAAGGAGGAGAAGCUGAUAAUUUGGAUGAGUUCCUUAAAGAAUUUGAAAAUCCAGAGGUUCCCAGAGAUGACCAGCAACAGCAACAUCAGCAACGUGAUGUUAUUGAUGAACCCAUUUUGGAAGAGCCAAGCCGCCUCCAGGAGUCUGUGAUGGAAACCAGCAGAACAAACGUGGAUGAGUCAACCAUGCCCCCACCACCCCCUCAGGGAGUUAAGCGAAAGGCCGGACAAGUUGACCCAGAGCCUGUGAUGCCUCCUCAGCAGGUUGAGCAGAUGGAAAUACCCCCUGUCGAGCUCCCUCCAGAAGAGCCUCCAAAUAUCUGUCAGCUAAUACCAGAGCUAGAACUUCUACCAGAAAAGGAGAAGGAAAAAGAGAAGGACAAAGAGGAGGAGGAAGAGGAGGAGGAUGAAGAUGCUUCAGGGGGUGAUCAGGAUCAAGAAGAAAGAAGAUGGAACAAAAGAACUCAGCAGAUGCUUCAUGGUCUUCAGCGAGCACUUGCUAAAACUGGAGCUGAAUCUAUCAGUUUGCUUGAAUUAUGUCGAAACACAAACAGAAAACAAGCUGCAGCAAAGUUCUACAGUUUCUUGGUUCUUAAAAAGCAGCAAGCUAUUGAGCUGACACAGGAAGAACCAUACAGCGACAUCAUCGCAACACCUGGACCAAGAUUCCAUAUUAUUUGAGCAGCUAGACGCAUUAUAGCUAGUGUUAAUUUCACUAGUGUGUACAAAUUGCCCCCAUGUGCAGGGCACACAAAACCCCUCCAGAAAAUUUAGAUUUUUGUCUGUACAAAGUGUCUGCUUUUUUAUUUCAUUUUUCUCCAGUAUUUUAAAUUUAUCCAUUUCGUCUUUAAGGAAACUGCUUAUAUGGAUUGUGUUUGUGUUCUGAUGGAGGAAACAAGCACCCAAGGACCCAGAAGAUUAUUUUAACAGUUCAGAACAGAUGUGUGCAAUAAUGGUGCAUGAAAUAAUGUUGAGUAGCAGUUGAAAGUCAUGAUUUUUAUCUUAAUUCUCCAUUACUUCUUUGAAAAGGUAAACCUGUCUCGGAAAAUGUCUGAUAAUUUCAUUAAAAAAUAUAGUGUGAAUCUUUGACAGAACGAAAUUUUCUUUUUGUAUCAGUAACUCAGUCAAUCUUCAUGUUAAUCACUGUGCUUAGGGUGGUACCUGAAACAACAGUUUGUUCAUCCUUUUGAGAUAUAUUUUAAACUUUAAUUCCAUAAUAAGCGACGGUAUAUAUGAAACUGUGCUGUAACUGAUUCCUUUCAGCUCCAAAAAGAUAGGACUUACUUGAUUUAAAGUGUUCUAUUUUACAGAUCAUUCCAUUUGAGCCCUCAUGAUGAACCUGCUAUCCUGAAAUCUGUUGUUACAGUGAGGCUCCAAAAUGAGCAGUAGUAGACUUUUUUAAAGAGUAGAAUGACUAUAAAAGAGUUUAUAACUUUCCAGAAGCUAUAAAUCAAAGUUUUGAAAAGAUGUUAGGAUAAAUUUGUUUGAAUAUUCAGAUCAUGAAAAUAGAAAUUAUCAUGCCUAUUAAAAGGACAGACUUGAUGGGAAAUUAUGCACCUGGUUGACUUAAUCUUUAAGCAGACAAUGCUGUAAAAAUUAAUGGCUUCCCUGAUAUUUAUUACAAGUUUUAGUACUGGUCUCUUCCAGUGCCGCACACUCCUGUGUUUGGAACUUUAUUUUAAUAGCUUUGCAACAGAAAUCCUCUCCAGUUUCCUAUAAUUUAAGUGAAGAAACACACAUCCAAAUAAAGGCUUUAAUAUUAACAGACCAGAUAGCACAGAAAUUAUGUGACUGUUAUGAUUAUCAAAACAUGUCUUAACUUUUUAGGGCAAAAUUACUCACACUGAAAGUCCUAGCUUAAGUGUUGGCACUUUUGUGGGGAAAAAAAAAUCACUUUUGAAACUCAGACUUCAGUGUAUACCCAAUAAUUUUAAAAUUAUGUGAAAUAUUUUAAAUUUGUGAACUCGUAAUUACUGUUUUAAUGAUUCAGUUUCUUGAGAAUGGAAAUGUAUAAAAUUGCUAUUACAGCUUUAUUUUCAAUAUAAUGUGCCUGUAAACCAUGGAUUUUUCCCCCUUUGUAAAAAGACAUUGUAGAUAAUUGAAUGUUUGAUUAUAGAAAGGUCAUUAGUUUCUUGUUACACAUUUUGUUAGUCUGGUUUUUGUUGCUUAUCGGGUUUAAUAUUGUUCUUGGAAAUAGUUGAUGCCAUGUUAUGUAUAACUUUUCUAAUAAAAGUUGUGUUAUAAGCUGUAAA